CCACAGUAAAAAAGGAGAUGAUUAUUUGUCAGAUCCAGAGUAUGCUCUAGGGCUGGAUUCAGACCCUGCUUUUUAUGCUUCAAGUUAUCUUUUUGUGUCCUACAGUGCUCCCUUUUGAAGUGAUUAAACCAGUUGAGAAACAAGUCAGAUCAGUAUUUCAGAGUUACAUACAAAUGUUAAUGUAUCCUCACUGCAACAUUGUAAAGCAGUAAAGAAUUGUCGUCAUUGUAUAGGAGAGAAAUAAAUAAAUAGCUUAUUUAUAGCAAUUCUUAUGGCAGUGAGCAAAUAACUUCCCUGUGAGGGUGGUGAGGCCCUGGCACAGGUUGCCCAGAGAAGCUGUGGCUGUCCCAUCCCUGGAAGGGUUCAAGGCCAGGCUGGGUGGGGCUUGGUCUAAUGGGAAGUGUCCUGCCCGUGGCAGGGUGUUGGAACGAGCUAAACUUUAAGGUCCUUUCCAACCCAAACCAUUCCAUGAUUCUACAACUUCUUUUAUAUAGAGUCCUUAAAUUUCAAGCAAAUAAUGUUGUCUUUUCAACCACAGCAUCUAAUGAAGCAUGUUUAAAAAUGCAAGGUUUGCUUAAAAAAGAAGUAUUAAGAAAAGAUAGUAGAGGAUGGAAUGUGAAUUCCAAUGGUUUCCUUGUAGGUGGUGUGAUAUAAUCUCUCCUAAUGGAGUUGAACAUUUUAUAAAUGUAGGGUGAAAAAUGUGGACAGUGCCCCCAAAAUGUCCUGUUUGUGGCUAUGUGCUUGUACCAUGGAGAUAGAUUCUGUGGCUUGGAUGAAGUUAAUUUGUCAGAAGUUGCCUUUUUGCAUUUCACAGCCCAGAGAGGCUGGUUUUUACCCAGCAUUGUUCUCCAGUGAUGCUCUGCAUGGAUUUUUUUUUUAAAUUUUGUUUUAGGAGGUCGUGAGCACCUUGUCUUUGAACAAUUGUGGAUGGGGAUCCAGGAAACAGAAUUAGGAUUAUUGCAUUGUGAUUGUUAUGAUCUUGUUUUUAAAGGCAGCCAGAGCAUUUUCCUUUUGACAGUUUCUUGAUGGAUAAAGUACAAUGGCAGCUGUCUCUGCUGCAGCUGAAGAGAUCAAGAUUUAUGAUUCUGGGUUUAGCAGUGUGGAACUUUUUAUGGGACCAGUGUUCUCCUUCUUGCCUUAUGAUUGGAUUAUUUUUAUUUUUUAAAUCCAUGUGAACUUUAGCUUUAUCGUUCAUUUAAUUGUGUUUAGCUGAAUGAUGUUUCCCAGCAGGAAAAUGCACAUGUCCAGAAUCCCUGCUCAAUGUGGAUUAACAUUCAAGUUAAAAUUUUGCCUGUCCUGGUUAUUUCUACGUUGUUUGUUGCUGGUCACAAUCUGAAACUAUUUGUUCAGUUUGGAUUCAGGUGUGGGAGAAGUGUCUGUACUUUCAGUAGCUGGAAGUGCUUUGAGAUGAGUCACAGGGUUCAGAAAGUAGCCAGUUGCCGUGUGCCCUAUAAAGUAGAAACUACUAAAUUAGUGAAAAAAACGGUUUUCCUUUUGUGUUUUUCAUGGAUCAGACAAGGCCUGUUUCUGGUUUUGAGGGAUUUCCAGGGACUGACCCAGAUUAUCAUUCCACAGGAUGAGGCACAUUUCCACGUGAAGAAGCUCCUGUCUAAUGCCCCAGUGGAGUCUGUGGUGAGAGUGACUGGAAUCGUGUCCCCUCGGCCGCCAGGGCAGGAGAAUCCGAAAAUGCCUACAGGGGAUAUCGAAGUAAAAGCGGAGACUGCAGAGAUCCUGAACUUCUGCAAGAAGCUGCCUUUUGAAAUCAAGGAUUUUAUCAAGAAGUCGGAGGCCUUACGGAUGCAGUAUCGCUACUUGGACUUGCGCAGCUUCCAGCUGCAGCACAACCUGCGGCUGAGGUCACAAGUGGUGAUGAGGAUGAGGGAGUAUCUCUGCAACCUCCAUGGGUUUGUGGAUGUAGAAACUCCAACGCUCUUUAAAAGAACCCCCGGGGGAGCCAAAGAAUUCGUUGUGCCCUCGAGGGAAGCAGGCAAGUUCUAUUGCCUGCCACAGAGUCCUCAACAGUUCAAGCAACUCCUCAUGGUUGGAGGCCUGGACAGGUACUUCCAGGUUGCUCGCUGCUACCGAGAUGAGGGUUCACGGCCUGACAGGCAGCCUGAAUUCACACAGAUAGAUAUAGAGAUGUCAUUUGUAGAUCAAGCUGGAAUCCAGAGACUGAUAGAGGGCCUCCUGCAAUAUUCCUGGCCUGAGGAAAGAGGUUCCAUUUCAACUCCUUUCCCUUCCAUGACAUACAAAGAGGCACUGUCUCAGUAUGGGACUGACAAACCAGACACUCGCUUUGAGAUGAAGAUAGUGGAUAUCAGUGAUGUUUUACGUCUAUCAGACAUUGAGUUUGUGCAGAAUGCACUCAGUUACCCACAUGGCACCAUCAGAGCCAUUUGUAUCCCUCAGGGAGUGAGGUAUCUUAAAAAUAAAGACUUGGAGUCAUUAAAGGAGUCAGCAAAAUCCCAGUUUAACCAGGAAAUCAUGGAAAUUAUCCGCAGGCCUGAUGGAAGCUUGAAGUCCCUGCUUACCAAGGUUCUUGGUGAGAAGCAGCAGUUGGAGCUUAUCCAUGCACUGAACAUGCAGGUGGAUGAUGUGGUGCUGCUGGCAGCUGGUGAACAUAAGCAAGUGUGCUCUGCAUUAGGAAGCCUGCGGUUGUUGAGUGCCAUCCUCCUUGAGACAGCUGGGCUGGCACUCCGUGAUCCUACAGCUUUUCACUUUCUGUGGGUAGUGGAUUUCCCCCUUUUCCUCCCGAAGGCCAAGAAUCCCACUGAACUGGAAUCUGCUCAUCACCCCUUCACUGCCCCACAUCCUUCAGAUGCCAGCCUCCUCUAUUCUGAUCCCACAAAGGUCCGUAGCCAGCACUACGACCUUGUGCUGAAUGGCAAUGAGGUUGGAGGUGGCUCCAUCAGAAUUCACAGUGCAGAACAACAACGUUUUGUGCUGGAGAAAGUGCUGAAGGAGGAUUCUGAGGUGCUUUCCCAUCUGCUUGAGGCUUUGGAAUUAGGAGCUCCCCCUCAUGGAGGAAUUGCCUUAGGACUUGACAGGCUGAUCUCUCUUAUUGUUGACGCUCCAAGUAUCCGAGAUGUCAUUGCAUUCCCAAAAUCCUUCAGGGGACGAGACCUGAUGGCCAACGCUCCAGACUAUGUCACUCCAGAAGAACUAGAGCCGUAUCACAUCCAGCAGAGAAUCCACAGUGCAGGAGUGAACAGCAUCCUACCUGGCCAGGCCACUCAGCUCUGCCUUGCAGUGUUUGUACAGCAGGUAGAGGCACUCCAGUGGGUGUUCUGCACUCUAUGUUUAGCCUGGAGAAAGCAGUAAACUGGCAGGAGGAGAGGAGGAAGGUGAGGAAGCUGAGGAAAAGAGAAGGAAGAGAUGACUUUAUUAACAUCAGAAGGUUUUGUGAAGGAAGAAAACCAUGAACUACUGUGUCCGAGCUGGGAAGGGCAGCAGGAGGCACGUGGCAGGGGAAGUGCACGAGGACAGAAGGAAGACUGCAAUUCUUGGCUGAGCUGAUGCAGAGCUCCAGCUUUCUGCUGGAGAGCCUGUUCUGUAGAUUCUGUCAAAUCCUGGUCUGCUCUAAGGGUUAUCUGCUAACUAUGGGAUAACAUGGCAUGGUGAUGCACACUGUUAUUUCUUAAAUACUGCACUGUCCUGUUGAUAAGAAUCCAUAAGGGAAAUGACUCUUAAGACUGGGGAGUUUUUGAGUAUCAUCCAUACAGAAGUGAGAGUAGAGCUGACUUGCUGCUGCUUUGCAGAUUAUAAAAUGGAGUUGUAUGUGUAAAAGAAAACUUAAAUCCUUUCUUAUCUCAUGGUAUGAUUGUUAUUUUCGGUCUCAAAGCAUGGUUAAAUGUUAUUUAAAACAAUCCUGGAUUUGUAUUCACAUUCAUUCUAGCCAAAUGCUGAAUUCCUUUUUUUUUCCCUUGUAUGAGGUAUUCAUUCUUAUCUUAAAGUUAAUUCACCUUUAGUUUACUUUUUUUUUUUUUUCAAUUUUCUUUAAGUAGAAGUUGUCAGUAAUGUAGUGAGGAUCAGCUUACAGAGAGAAAUGGAUCUGAGCAGAUCCAUUUUAAGCUGUGAUCCUUGUGGGUCCCUUUCAACUCGGGACAUUCUAAAAACAAUUUAUUUUUUGUUAUUGCUUUUGCAAAGAGGAGAGUCACCCUAUGACAGUUAUACCAGACAUUUUCAUUCCUGUGUUGGGGUGAUAUGGAAUAAAGCCACUACAGGCUCUGUGUUAUAUUCAGACUGCUGUUUUAGAAGAUGCUGGACUUUGUUACUUAGUUUCUUUACUGAUAGUGUGAUUAGGAUUUGCAUGGAAUUUGCAUGAGGAUCAUCUGUGUUGCCAAAGCAGGGAUGUCAGAAGCUUGUUUGAGGUCAUGGAAUAUGGAAGAUAAGUUACUUUGAGAAGUUCCUCGCUCCCCUCAGACUGUUAUUUAUAGUAACUGCGAAGAUAAUGUGCUGACAUUUGCUUUUUAAUUGUGAAAUGAGGGGUACUGUGUCACUUGGUUAGUACCUGUUUGCAAAGGCAAAUUCUGUUUACCUCUGAUGAGUCCCAAAUUAGGAUUAUCAAGUGUUCAAAGGGAAACUGAUGCUCUAAGAGGCUUAGGCAGAAAUGUAACACUGCCUGGAAUGUUCUCUUUGAGAGCACUUGUUAAAACAUGUGAGGGAGCUGUCUCCGAGUCCUCCACCUCCCUCUUGUGCAAGCUGCUUUGUGUGGUGUUUGUUUACCCACUGCUGUAUUAAGGACGUACUGCAGUUAUAAGUCUGUGACACAGCUACAGGGGGGAGAAAAAAAAAUCCAACAAAACACAUUGUCUGAGCUGCUGCCACAAUUAGGUCAGUGGAAAAGAUGCGUCCCAAAUCCAUGCAAGCCAUUUGUGCUUGGAUUUGUGAAUGAAGGUGCCUUGCAAGACAAGUAUGGGAGUUUGCCAGUGUUGUGUGAAUGUUGCCACAGAGAGGAUAUUAAUUUUUUUUGUUGUUGUUUUAUAGGGCAUUGUGAAAGGUUUUGCUUGGGCUUGUGGCAGUCUGAUCUACAGAAAAUCACUGAAACCACAAUCUGGUUGGCACACUUGGCUGCAUAUUUUGGGAGAAGCAAGAGUAGACAGGCACUACAAAGAAAUCCAUGGAAA